ACCUCCGGGGUUCAGGGGCGCAUCCCCAGGCGGGGCGCUUCCUCCGGCACCUCAGCCAUGUUUCGUCUGAUCGCCCACUCCUGGGCAAACUGGGCAUUGUGUGGACCGAUGGGCUUGGGCAUAGGUGUGUCGAGAGGCGCGGAUGGAUGCUCUCGCGUGUACCAGUUCUCGGUGGUGUGCAGCGUAGAUGCGUGUCUCUAGAUAACAGUUGUGCACGGAUGUCUGUUUACAAGCAGGCUUGGUGCCUGGGCCAGAGCCCCCUACACUGUGCCCCCCUGAUGCUGGCUGGCCUGUGCCCAGAAGAUGAGCAGAUUGCUGGUGGGAGUGACCCUGGAGAGGAUCUGCAAAGCUGUGCUGCUCUUAUGUUUACUGCACUUCCUCAUCAUCAUGAUCCUCUACUUUGAUGUCUACGCCCAGCGCCUGGACUUUUUCAGCCGCUUCAAUAUGCGCAACUCCUCCCGCACUCUGCCCUACGUCAACGUCUCUCGGCCUAACGGGACCGCCGGGCCUCUGGGCCCUGAGCUCCUGGCCCCGAGUGUGAAGUCCGUCAGUAUGAACAGCACUGUCACCGAGAAGCCCUUACCACCUUGUCCAGAGAUGCCUCCUGGCCUAGUGGGCCGGCUCCUUAUCGAGUUCAGCACUCCCAUGAGCAUGGAGCGGGUGCAACGGGAAAACCCAGAUGUGCGGGAGGGCGGCAAGUAUUCUCCCCCAGACUGUGUGCCUCGCCAGAAGGUGGCCAUCCUCAUUCCGUUCCGGCACCGGGAGCACCACCUCAAGUACUGGCUGCACUACCUGCACCCGAUUCUACGGCGCCAGAAGGUGUCUUACGGCAUCUAUAUAAUUAACCAGUUUGGUGAAGACACCUUUAACCGAGCUAAGCUGUUGAAUGUGGGCUUCCUAGAAGCCCUUCGAGAUGAUGAGAGCUAUGACUGCUUCAUCUUCAGCGACGUUGACCUAGUGCCCAUGGAUGACCGGAAUCUCUAUCGCUGUUAUGACCAACCCCGGCACUUUGCUGUUGCCAUGGAUAAGUUUGGCUUCCGGCUGCCAUACUCUGGCUACUUCGGAGGUGUCUCUGGCCUGAGCAAGACACAGUUUCUGAAGAUCAAUGGCUUCCCUAACGAGUACUGGGGCUGGGGUGGGGAAGAUGACGACAUCUUUAACCGGAUCUCGCUUAAUGGCAUGAAAGUGUCACGUCCUGAUGCCCGCAUUGGGCGCUACCGCAUGAUCAAGCACGAGCGUGACCGACACAACGAGCCCAAUCCCCAGCGGUUCACCAAAAUCCAGAAUACCAAGGUGACCAUGAAACGCGAUGGCAUUGGCUCGCUUCAGUACCGCCUGGUGGAGGUGGUUCGUCGUCCCAUGUACACCAAUGUAACCGUGGAGAUUGGCCGCCCACCACCACGCCCCCCUCGGGGCUGACUCUUUGCUGCCUGGCUCUGCCCAUGGCCCCAUGCAUGAGGAGCUGUGCGGAUCCCAGCCCUGACUGGUUCAGAGGACUGUGUCCUGGCUUGGAGGAGCUGUCUGCCUCCUUUGUGGGGAUGCGGGAA